AUGGCAGGCCCAAAAACAAUAUACAUAGUCCGCCACGCCCAAGGCGAACACAACGUCUCGGAUCUCCAGCCGCAGGGAAACUCCAACGUCAAAGAUCCCAUUCUCACGCCCCUCGGCCGCGAACAAUGUCAACUCCUCCGCGCUCUCUUCACACACCACGACGAUGUAGAAAUAGUAAUGGCAUCCGGCCUCCGGCGAACGAUUCAGACAGCAGUGACAGCCUUUGCGCCUACACUUGCUCGGCCAGAGGUACCAUUGCUGCUUGCGCCGAUGGCGCAGGAGAUUAGUGCGAAGCCAUGUGAUACGGGGACUGAUGCUGCGGAGCUGGAGAGAGGGAUGGACGAGGUGUUGAGGGAUGUAGAUGUGAAGUUUGAGCAUGUGGGACGGAUUGAUUAUUCGCUUUUGGAGGAGGGGUGGAAUGGGAAGCAAGGAAUUUACGAAGCCUCUCUCUCCGCAGUAACAAAACGCGCCGCCGCGCUGCGACAAUGGCUUUACAACCGCCCCGAAACCACAAUCGUACUCGUCACACACGGAGCAUUUAUACAUCAUUUAACAGAAGAUUGGGCGGGCAUGGUGCCGCCCAAGGGAACCGCAUAUAAGACGACGGAGUUUAGGGCUUUUACUUUUGAUGAGACGUCGAGUGAGAAGGAAGCGCAUUUGGUAGAGAUUGGAGGGAGUCCGAGGGUAGAGAAGAGGCCGUUGGGGGCCCACGCUCAUGAUAUCACGGGGAUUGAAGAGGCGGAUUUUUCAACCAUUAACCUAAGAGCGGAGACUCUCGUGUUGUGA